AUGCCGAUUUUCAGAUGCAGAUAUCGGUGCUAUUUUUGGCCUUAGCAUUGGCUGUGGUUUCAGCAGAAGAAUCGGAGGAAAACACGCGUCUUCUGCAAGGGGCUCGACCACAAGUGACCAGUCAACACAGCCUUACCUUGUCGUCCUCAUCGGGCUCCUUGAGUCCUGCCGGCCUGCUUUUCAACAUUUUCAGCGGCGCUGUGUCGAAGCCGCACCCUCACCCAUACCCCACGACGCUCCAUCAGUCGUGCACCUACUGGUGUUCCACACCCGAAAAUCAGUUCUACUGCUGCGAGCACGGCCCCACCAAGCCUACAUUGCCGCCCUUCGUGAGGCCCGGAUGCUGCCCCGCUGUCCGCCCGGUGUGCCCGGCCACCCGCGUCGGGCCCCCAGAGACCUGUUCCCAUGACCACGCUUGCACCAGGAACCCCACGGACAAGUGUUGCUUCGACCGAUGCCUGGGGCGCCAUGUCUGCAAGCCAGCGCAACCGUGCUAUUCCUCCUAGGAACCUCAAGGUCUAGAUG